CGCAUACGCUCAACAGCGCAGCGCAGCUGGCGUGCUCGGCUUUGGUAUGAGCCCUCCGCGAGCGCCUGGGGGCUCAUCGUUCGCCUCUAACUGUAUGGUGGCCUAUGCCGAGGCUCACGCGGCAAAUUCAGGCAGCUGUCCGCAAAGCACAGCAGACCGGAAAUGCUGGCGCCUCGUCCCUGGAGAAAAUCGUCAAGCAAGCAAACAACGAGCUCUAUCGGCAGCUAGGGAUCCCAAAUGCCAUAAAAUUAGGGCAAUCGACCUCUGGAGGGCCCAGCAAGGAUCGGGGCUAUGCGGGGCAAGCGGCGACACCGGGCCUGACAGGGCUGGGUGUGUUGGGGCAGGCCCUGUCCAAGCUGGCUUGGCAGGGCGGUAUCCUGGAGGUCAGCAGCCCGGGGCCGCAGGGUUGGGACGUAGCCCGGCAGCUGGCGACGGCCUGGCGAGCCAGCGAAAGCCGCGUGCUGUGGCUGCAGCUGGAGCCGGCGGGGCUGGCAGCAGCAGCAGCAGCUGCUGGUGCGGCGGCACCGCCGCCGGCGACAGCGGCAGCGGCCAGAUCCCACGCGCUCUCCGAGUCUGCUGGCUCCGAGGGCCCCAGCCUCACGGUGCAGCGCUGGCGUGUGGCUGGCCCGGCGGACUCGCGUGCGGCGCUGCAGCACCUGGUGCAGGUCGUGCGCUCGCAGCGGUUCGCCCUAGUGGUGUUGGACAGUGUGCCGGCCCUGGCGCCGCCGCUGCCGGGAGCGGGCGUCGUGGCGAGGGCGGCACGCCUGGCCACCACGACGCCGGCGGCGGCAGCAAGGAUACGUGUGGAGGGGGGCCAAGUGGCAGCAGUAGCAGGGGCUGGAGCUGGGUCGUCACGGGAGGCGGUGGCGGCAGCGCAGAAGACAUCUCGGGCGCCGGCCGCGACGCCGGCCGCGAGGAAAUGGAACUCCCGCUCUGGGCCAGAUGCAGGCACCGGAGCGGAGGCAGCGGUGCAGGGGACGUUGCGGCCAGGGGCAGCGGGGGGCAGCGGGCAGGCGCUGACUGGCGCAGCAGCGGGGGACCCGACAGGCGCGCUGGCUGUGCCGCAGUGGCUGCAGGCGGCGGCCCACACGUUACCGAACUAUCGGUUCCUGAACGCCGAGCUGCCGCUGCUAAUGGAGCAGACCCUCGCGGCGCUAGCCGCCAGCUGCGGCCCGGAGCUUCCCACCACCACCCUGCUGAUCAACUGCUACAAUCGGGCCACGCCGCAGCAGGGCUGGAUGGAGGGUGGAGCGGCAGCCGCGGCGGCGGGCACCGUUCUGGUGGACAGGAGCCGCUGGGCGCGGCGUGCCAUCGCCCGUCACGCCUCGGGCACCCUGCACCUGCUGCCGGCCACCCGGCCUGUUGCUGGGUCGGCAACCCCCUGCAGCGGCGGCGCCUUCGAAGCCGCCUCACACGGCGCCGCAGGGCCGCAGGCGGCCGCAGAGGCGGGAGCAGCUGGCGUGGCUGCGGGCGGCGAGGCGGCUGGCGGCACGGGUGCCACCUGCACCGGGCCGCCUCAGUCGCUGUCGCAGCUGCAUGUGGAGGUGACACGCGGCCUGCCCUCGGGCGAUGACGGAGCCGUCGUGUUCAGCGGGUGGCUGGGCACUCCGCCUCCAAGCUAGGGAUAUGCCGUGCUCGCCGGACGGAUGCAUGACGCCCUUAAAGUGUACAGAUAUGGCCAAGCUUGUUAUUUGCUAAUCGGAUUGCGCAGCCCGAAGGCAGCUACUUAAGGUAGUGUGUGGGCGCCCUGUGCCCGAUGUUGUCGUAGCUACUCAUGUGGAGAAUUACCCGCUCGUGUGUUGGAAGGACAGACGACCUCAUUGCGGCUCCUCGCUGGGCAUGAACUCAGACCGGCUACAUCGUGUGAUGUAGCUAGGGACAAAGCUGACGCACGAAAUCAGGAGACUGUAUGCGCAGUAGAUAGCUGACAGCACAGGAUCUGAGACUGGCUGAUGACAGUGCCGUUGCGCUUGGGCUGGUGCCGAGGGCAGCAGCUGCAGGCGUGUAUUGCAGGCAGCUGUUGUAGGCAUGGGACGAUGUGACGCCUAGGACGUUGGAAGCAUGGACCGGUGCAGAACGCGUGUUCCUAUCUUUUCCUAUCAACCUCUUCUUUCGUAUGUUGUGGUGGUUGGCAUGUUGGAUGUUGCUGUUAAGCCGCCGGCUCGCGUCCGACUCUGUAUGGCGACUAAGGUGCACGAGGGAGGCCAGGAUGAGAAGGCCAUAGCUGUGAGCGCAAUUGAGGCAUGCUCCGAUGCUCGGCCAUAAUAAUACCAUGCCUUCG